GUAUUCGUCGAUGUAUUUACUGUAAAAUUGUACCACUCCGGCGAAGCCCUCGUCGCAUGCAAAUACUUAUCAAGUUUUCCCGGUAGCGUUUGGCCGUGGUUCGAAGAAAAGACGGGGAGAGAAGAUGGAGUAUAUAUUGAGGACCCUGACGAAGAAGGAAGAAGUAGAUUCUAUAAUAAGGGACACAAUCGACAAAGUCCUCGUCCUCCGUCUCGGCCGAUCCUCUGAUCCUCUUUGCCUCCAGCUUGACGACAUCCUGUAUAAAUCUGUGAGAGAGGUGUCCAAGUUUGCGACUGUGGCUUUAGUGGAUAUUGAUUCAGAGGACGUUCGAGUUUAUGUCAAGUAUUUUGAUAUAACCUUAAUACCAUCUACCAUUUUCUUCUUCAAUGCUCAUCAUAUGAAGAUGGAUUCUGGAUGGAUAUUCUCCAGGAGUGCAGAUCACACCAAGUGGGUUGGAGCAUUUCAGAGAAAACAAGACUUCAUUGAUGUUGUGGAGGCAAUAUUUAGAGGGGCCAUGAAAGGCAAGCUCAUAGUGACUUGUCCCCUUCCUCCAGAGAGAAUACCGAAGUUUCAAUUGCUGUACAAAGAUGUUUAGCAGAUUGUUGAUUGUUGAAAGCCCUGAACUGCAAGAGAAAACUUCAUAUCUUGAAAGGCACUGUUUCUGGAUGAUUAUAUUGACCAUUACGAAUCCAUAUCACGAUGUUGAAAGGGUUCUGAAUUUUGAUACUUUUUAAUUUCAAGAUAAGAAAGAGAGGAUCGCAGCAGACUAAUUUAGGAGACAGAUAUCUUGUUGAAUUAUUUCAGGAUCACGACAUUUCUCUUGGAUAUCUUAGCUGUUAGAAGACCUGUAUCGUUCAGAAAGCAUCACUGUAUGAUGGGGUGAUACAAUGCAAGUGAUAAAUCUGAGCAGUUCAGUUAGUUGACUAUCAAAACUUUCACCUUGUAUGGUGAGGUUUCGACUCUCCAUUUUGUAAGGUUUUUUUUUUUUUUUUUUUUAAAUAUCUUUCUUUACUGUUUCUAAACUUAUUACUUACAUAAUAAUUCAUAAUUGUGGAGAAAGGAUGGACUCGAUUUAACGUGUGGUUUGUAUUCCUCCGCAAGCAAUUAUGUAUUAUUAUUACUAUAUGCCAGAUAUUUUUUUCAAGGAAGGAGCCCCAUGUGGGCUUUACAUUAGUUUUUUAAUGGGACAAUUUAUGGAUAA